AGGAGAUAAGGGUGGAAGAUUUGUCUUCAUCCAUAAAGAGCUUUGGAAGAGUUCAGCAGCAGCGGAGGACCUGAAAGAGAGACUAACAAGAAGUUACUUUCCCUCAAGUACAGGUCACCAUCAUGAUGUCCCAUCAAGUCCUCAUUUCAGGCCUCCUACUCCUUCUCCCAGUUGCUGUGGAUUCUUUCCCAGAAGUUCAUGGAGUGGUGGGUCAGUCUGUCACACUUCCAUGUACCUAUCCGGUGUCUAAUGGCUUAGCGUCCAUGUGCUGGGGCCGAGGCGAAUGCACAUCUGAUACAUGUGGACAAACACUGGUCUGGACUGAUGGAAACCGAGUCAACUAUCAGACAAGCAGCCGCUACCAGAUAAACUCGCAGCUUCUUCAAGGAAAUGCAUCCUUGACAAUCGAGGACGCCUAUGAGAGCGACAGCGGUCUCUACUGCUGUCGAGUGGAAAUGAAGGGAUGGGAUGGCGUGCAGACACUGACCACCUCACUGCAGGUUCAACCAGUUUGGAUUGCGACUGUGACGUCUUCAAACCACCCUUGGAAUAAUAAUACUGAAGUGGUUCCUACAGAAACUCCCCUGAAGAUCCCCAUUAGAGGCCUCUUUAUUGGAAUCUCUGUGUCUGCUUCACUGCUGAUCCUUGCGAGCAUCCCAACCAUCAUACGGUGCAGACACAGAGAAAAGAAGAGUCCAGAAGGCAACUCUGAGUGCAGCUCAGUUGUCUUCCAUGCUUAUCAGAAUGGCGCCUUUCAAAGUAUAGUGCAACUUCAAGCCGAAGAUAUAAUCUACAUUAUUGAAGACAAUUUUCAUCCAAGGAUUAAAUCCCAGUUGCCCUUUGAGAUGACAACAUUCCAAAGCUGCAGGAAGUAAUGGACUGUAACUGUGCUGGGUAUUUGCUAAGCUGCAAGGCUGUUUUCUGGGUCAGUUCAUCUCAUGUUCCCACUUCCCAGCAGUAGGGGAAAGCAUGACCUUAUAGCUGUUCAUAUGCAUAGUGACUGUUAAUAUAGUAUUCAUUCU